GUCAUUGCUAAAAGGCAUAAGCUGAUUCCUUCAGUUUAUGCAGUAUUAGAUGUGCAAGAAGAUUUUGACGACUUGAUGAAUGAGAAGCAAUUGCGCAACUACAUUACAACAACAAAUGAACAACCUAAACCUGUAGUGGUGCUGCUAAGUGAUGGUGGUCCUGAUGAGAAUCCUUGGUAUAGAAAGACAAUUCAGAUGAUGAUCGAACAUUUUGAUAAAUAUGACCUCGAUACCAUCAUUGUAGCAUACUUUGCACCUCAUCAAAGUGCAUCUAAUCCAGUUGAAAGACAAAUAGCACCUCUAAGUCAUGACUUAGCUGGCGUUAUACUCCCACAUGAUAUAUUUGGAACAUAUUUGGAUACACAAUUGAGAACAAAUAAUGAGGAAUUAGAAAAAUGUAAUUUUAAAGCAGCUGAAGAUGUUUUAACAUCAGUAUGGGAAAAUACAAUUAUAGAUAGUUACCCGUUCUUGUUAAGUAUAUAG